AUGAAUCUCAGACCGAAAGGACGAUACCAACUAACACAAUAUUUCUUGCUGAGCAGUUCCUUUGUUGCCUGUGCAGCCAGCUUCAUAAAAAUGGUUUUUAUUGCUUACGUCCCCCAAGCACCUUGCUCAGAAUUGAGCGAUUCGCAACUGGCCGGGUUUGGUUAUAAUAAUGAAUCAGCUGACAGCAUUGUGUACAAAUAUUGUCAAAUCGAGAUCUACAAUCGUAACACGAGCCGAAAUGAGACAAUACCAUGCAUUAACGGAUACAAUUACAACUUUAAUAGAGAAAAAUCCUUUGUUUCUGAGUGGGAUCUUCUAUGUGAUAAUGAAGCUCUCGCGGAACUUACACAGACGCUAUAUGCACUUGGAUGCUUCGUCGGAGCUUUCGUUAUUCCAAUUUUUUCCGACAAAUAUGGCCGGAAACCAGCUCACUUUAUUUGCUUCUUACUUCUUUUGAUCAACGAGAUGGUCCUGGCUGCAUAUUUCAGUUUUUCUUUUCUUGCAUUCUUUCAGGUGUUUUUUCUUUUCAGAUUGCCAUUUCCCUUUCUUUUCUUGAACCCUUUAUUUAAUUUUCAGGUGCAUCUAUCUAUCUAUCUAUCUAUCUAUCUAUCUAUCUAUCUAUCUAUCUAUCUAUCUCAAUUUGUUCAUAUCUAUCUCAGUUUGUUCAUAUCUAUCUAUCUAUCUAUCUAUCUAUCUAUCUAUCUAUCUAUCUAUCUCAAUUUGUUCAUAUCUAUCUCAGUUUGUUCAUAUCUAUCUAUCUAUCUAUCUCAGUUUGUUCUUUUCUAUCUAUCUUGUUGUUUUUAUCUAUCUAUCUAUCUAUCUAUCUAUCUAUCUAUCUAUCUAUCUAUCUAUCUAUCUCAAUUUGUUCAUAUCUAUCUAUCUAUCUAUCUAUCUAUCUAUCUAUCUAUCUAUCUCAGUUUGUUUAUAAAUAUCUCGGUCUGUUCAUAUCUGUCAGUCUGUACAUAUCUAUCUAUCUAUCUAUCUAUCUAUCUAUCUAUCUAUCUAUCUAUCUUAGUCUGUUUUUUUCUAUCUUGGUCUGUUUCUAUCUAUCUAUCUAUCUAUCUAUUUAUCUAUCUAUCUAUAUCAAUUUGUUCAUAUCUAUCUCAGUUUGUUCAUAUCUAUCUAUCUAUCUAUCUAUCUAUCUAUCUAUCUAUCUAUCUAUCUAUCUAUUAUUUUUUAUUAGAACUUCUUUCUUCUCCCAGAAUCAAUGCAUCAACUGUCGUAGCCGGUAAAAUCUUUACACUUCUUGGUAUGUUUGGCAUCAGUGCUUCUUUCUGCGUUUUAUGGCUGUACGCACCCGAAGUCUAUCCAACCAAUCUCAGGAACAGCGGUUUAGGCUUGAUGGGCAUGGGAUCAGCUUUCGGCAACAUGAUUUCUCCAUUUUCCAGAUACACUGCAAGGCAUAUAGCCUGGCUCCCCUCGACAAUCUUUGGAAUUGGGAAUGUUUUUGGAAGUCUUUUGCUGAUAACUUUACCGGAAUCGAAAAACACCCAGAUGCCGACCACAAUGGAUGAUGUUCGCGCUUUCAAGAAGAAGAAAGGAAAACUUUAG